AAUCUCUAUACCUAGAGGAAACCUAAGACUAUCUUACAAAGAAAGUGUCCAAACACACCGCAAACCCAAAAACGACACAGCGCUCUUCCACCAUGGCUCACCUGUAGAUUGUCUCUUAGUUUCUGUCCUUUAUUAUCCAUUAAAAAAGAAAAAAAGAAAAAAAUCAUUGGAUCCUGAAUUCUUUCUAUAUAUUUAGAGAUAAUGGAGAUCAUUUACCCUUUAGCAUUCAUACCCAAUAAAAUUUGUAUUUAUGGAAGAUUUACGGCUAAAACAGUAACCAAAGGACAAUCUUAAUGCAGACUAGAUUCCUUAACUUCCCCUGAAUUACUAAUUAGAAUACAAGAUAUUAUUUCUAUUUAACAGAUGGUAAUCAACUCAUUCCCGAUUCCCACUCCACCUCUUGCUAUUUCCACUCAUUUUUCUCCACUGAAUCGCUAUCUCUUUCACAUGACCUGUAGCCAUGAAUAUGUGUAGAUACAGUAUUUGAUGUGGGUAGCUUGUAGACAACUCCUUUAGUGAAAGUAAACCCUUUUAUUGAGAGAUAACUGGGGGGAUUAUACGUGGAGUUUAAGUUAUUCUUCAGGAGUAGGUAAUCAUCUGGGUUUUUGUUUUUCCCAUCAAAAGAUCUCCUUUUUACCUCAAUUGGUGUUAUCAGCCUCGUUUGGUUUGUUGAUUUUCUUUCGCUGGAAGAUAUUAUGGUGGGCUUGGAUAGAUAGCUGCUACAUGUUUGCAUAAAUGAUAAUUGUAUAGAAAUUCUUUUUGGAGGUGUUAGUGGAUACUAUAUUGGCGAAGACAGAUUAAUGGAUCAAGAAACGCAUGAAACUAAAGCAAUUGUUGGAAAUUUGGGUCAAUCCAAUCAAGGAACAAGUGAAACCUCAAGUGCAGAUUCAAGCAAUUCGGAUAAUAGAAUUGUGUUGGAAAAUCCAUCUGUUCCAAAUUUGGGAGAAAGAGUGAGUGCUAGGAGGGAAAAUCGGGAUUUUGAUGCAAAUAUGAACAGACUCGAUUUAGCUAAGAGAGUGGGAGAUAAGGAAGCAAGCAAUGGAAAGGGAAUUGGUGAGCCAUUGGAUGAAGGAACCAGCCGGAAUUCACUUAAUUUUGUUGAUGAGGUGGUGCUUGAGAGAAUGAUUGUGAUAAAUUCAGGGGAGAUCGUGAGUAUUGGUGGAGCAAAUAAGGAUUCAGCUAGAAAAAUUGAUGAACCGAGGUUAAAUGGUAGAGAUAUUCAGAGAAGAGAUCAGGAAGCAUUUGUUACACAAAGAAAUAGCGAGGCAUUGCAUAAAGUUGAGCAAGAAAGUCUUAGGGUCUCCAGUAUUUCAAUUGAUGGAGUUGUUCUUGAGACAGUAAUAAUUGUAAAUUCUGAAGAGAAUAUAGCUAUUAGAGAAGGAAACGAGCAGUCGCAAGUCAAGAGCUGUGGCUUGGAAUCGAGUAAAGUAAUGAUGGAUAAAUCAAAGACACAGGUGUGCAAAGAGAAGAAGCAAUCAUGUGUGAUUGAUAUGAAAUGUCCUAGUGGAGGAGGAGGCAGUCAUAAGGAUGGGGAUGGAGAAAGGGUUUGUCGGAUUUGUCACUUGGGUGCUGAGGGGUUGGCAGAAACUACUGAAACCACUGCUUCUAUGGAUCUAAUCCAGCUUGGUUGUGUGUGCAAAGAUGAGCUCGGCAUUGCACAUGCUUAUUGUGCUGAGGCCUGGUUUAAGCUGAAAGGAAACAGAGUUUGCGAAAUUUGUGGGGAGACAGCAAAGAAUAUUACAGGUGUUGGGGACAACAGGUUUAUGGAUGAGUGGAAUCAAAGGAGAUUUAUUGGGAGCAGCAGUAGUUCAUCAGACAGAGCCAGAGGAUGUUGGCGGGGACAACCCUUUUGCAACUUCCUGAUGUCUUGCCUUGUAAUAGCUUUCGUACUCCCAUGGUUUUUCCGGGUGAAUAUAUUUUAACAAGGAGCAAAAAGAGUUCUCAAAGAUUCUUCUCUUGCAAUCAGAAUUCUUUUGCUUGCCUGUCUAGAGCUUGCUUGCAAUGUUCGUUGUGCUCUACAAUGCCUGCCAAGACAUUCUCCAUUGUCUUCAUGUUUUGGCCUGAAAUACUGGAGUCCUCAAGUUGGAAAAUUUUCAAAUUUCAACGACAGAGUUCCAUAAUUUGAACGGUAUUUUACUCUGCUGUGAGAUUGUAUAGUUGCUCGCUUACUUUCUAGACAAAGUUGAGGACAGGUCUCUAAUAUUGAGAGAAGGGGUUUCUGUUUUCUUCCAUUUAUUUAUUUUUACUGUUUCUUUUUCCUGUCUAUGUGAUGGGAAAGUGUUAUUUAAAGAGUUACAGAGAUCACAAAUUGGUGGAUAUAGAUAUACAAAUAAUUAGUAUACAAUUAAUUAGAAGGAAAUAUUAGUUUGGCUGUUCA